CUGUGAGAUUGGGAAGCCAUGAGCACCGACCAAUGUCAGGUUCUGGUCUAACGAGGAUAACGCCGUAUCACGGCCGACCAACGCGAAGACACGCCCAUCCCAUUCCAUUUGUCAACCUUUCAUGGUCCACUUUCGACCUUGAGUGACUGACUGAAGUUCAGCCCUCCCUGUGUGUGCAUGUAGGCCAUGUAGGGGGUGAUAUGUCCAUGGACUUUGUGGCUCUGUUGGUGUGUCUAGGUCUUGGGUUGACAACGCGAUAAGCCAGACAGACAGGUCAGACAGGUCAGACAGGUGUGUGUGUGUGUGUGUCAGGGGUUCAAGUCCAAUUGAGUCAUUUUGACCAGGUGUGGACAGCCUUCAUUCCAGCCUUGAGGAUUGGUCCGAUCCAUGAACCUAUGAGGUGCUCACGGUGAACGUGUCGACCUUGGUUGGAUUGGAUCGCCUGGACGGGCCACGGCCACGGUCAUUGUGCCGGCCCCACCUCUCCUCAACAUUUCGCGUCGCCGACGGGCGGUGGACCCGAGAGGGGGCCCGCCGCCGCCAGUGUCGCCCAUUUCACCGGCCGCUCGUAUGGCAUCCAGCAAGGUGUUAACGGGCGUGCCCGUGGGCACGCCCAUGGACGAGGAGAUAUCGGGUGGACCGUCGGAGACGCGGGGUUGGCUAUACAAGUGGACCAAUUACUUGAAAGGUUAUCAGAAGCGCUGGUUUGUGCUGGUCAACGGCACGCUCGCUUACUACCACAAUCAAAGUGAGGUCUCGCACAUGUGCCGAGGAUCGUUGCCCUUGCGCGGAUCCGUCAUCUCCACGGCCAAUGAUGGCGUCAACUUCAUGGUGUCCAAUGGGUCCGGGAUUAAAACCUUUCAUUUGCGGGCCGCUUCCGUGGAUGAGCGGCUCCGUUGGGUCACGGCCAUGGAGUUGGCCAAGACCAGCUUGCAUUUGCGCCGCAAGGGAUCGACUUCCCAACUCGGUGACACCGAUCCUGAGGACAAUGGGGAACGUGAGGGCGAAGUCGAUACCCAAGAACUACUCAAAGUGAUCCACACUUUGAACGUCAAAAUGAAGGAUCUAGACACGUGUUCAUCUCUCGUCGAGAAACACGAGUUGAGUCUUCAUUCCAUGUUGAAUGAUUUGAUGUCGUCGUUGGAGAAGGAUUCUCGUGGGUCCGUGGGCGGGGUCCGCGAUGACACGUUAGUGGACAAGGCCAAGGCCUGUCAGGAGCGAGCCAGCUUAGUUAAGAUCACGGCCCACACCAUGACCAAGGCGUCCAGCGAAUUCAACCAGGUUUGUCAGAACCGUUGGCGCCAUUGGCAACUCGCAUUCAUCAAGGAGCAUGAGCAACGCCUGCGACUCGAGGAGAUGGUGGAGCAACUGGCCAAGCAACUCUCACAUCUCGAAGCGUCAGUCAAGAAAUCUCGGGCCGACACAACCGCUGCGGCUGGGUUGGCCGCUAGCCACAACCUAGCCUUGAGCACGAGCACCCGGUCGGCCACGUCCCGUUUGGGCUCAGGAUCGCAAACUUCCUCGGAACAGACUUCUCGCCCUUCAACUCCCUUAAAGCCGAAGUCCUGUCGACAACGAAGAACGCGGAUCCCUGACAAGCCCGACAAGCCCAUUAGUUUGUGGAAUAUCGUCAAGAAUUGUAUUGGCAAGGAUCUGACCAAGAUUCCUGUACCCGUGAACUUUUCAGAGCCCUUGUCCAUGAUUCAGCGUCUCACAGAAGACUUUGAAUAUAGUGCCAUAUUGGAUCGAGCUGCUACCGCAUCGGACUCAUGCGAACAGUUGGCCUACGUGGCGGCCUUUACUGUUUCUUCAUAUAGUACUACGGCCAUCCGCGUAGGCAAGCCGUUCAACCCGUUACUGGGCGAGACUUUUGAAUACGACCGCGAUGACCUUGGCUUUCGCUGCGUGAGCGAGCAGGUCUCUCAUCAUCCGCCUAUAGUGGCGCAGUUUGCUGAGAGCUCGAACGGCCUUUGGCGGUGCUGGCAAGAGUUUUCCAUGCGAUCCAAGUUCAAGGGCAAGUACUUAGAGGUCGAACCUUUGGGCAUCUCCCAUCUGGUGUUUGAGAACUCUGGCAAUCAUUACUCUUGGCGCAAGGUCAAGACGGUGGUACACAACAUUGUGAUUGGAAAGCUGUGGGUGGAUCAGCACGGUGAGAUGUCGGUGAUCAAUCAUACCAACGGCGACAAGUGUCAUAUGAAAUUCGAACCUUACUCCUACUUUGGCGGUACCCCAAAGAAAGUUACCGGGACCGUGAUAACUGCGGACGAUAAAGUAGAAUGGGUUCUUAACGGAACCUGGGACUCGAAACUGGAGGGAUCCAAAGUGAUCAGCACGACUGUGGUCAAAGGCAGGAGCAGCCUAGAGAUCGGCCCCUCUCGUACCCUGUGGAAGGUCAACCCAAUUCCCCCAGGCGCUGAGAAGUACUACAGCUUCUCACCCUUUGCCUGUGAACUUAACGAGAUGGAGGAGGGUGUAGCCCCAACAGACUCACGGCUCCGUCCGGAUCAACGGCUUAUGGAGAAUGGACUUUUCGACGAAGCCAAUUCGGAAAAGCUCCGACUUGAGGACAAACAACGCAGUGUCCGACGGGAACGAGAGGAAAUGGCCGCACAAGCCGCUCAAAGAGGCGAAUCGUAUGAAGGUUACAAACCUUUGUGGUUCAAGAGCGAAGAGGACGAAUACAAUGGCGGCAAAAUGACUUUCGUCUACAAUGGUGGAUAUUGGGAAUCCAAGGAGAAGCAGGAUUGGGGCAAGUGCCCAGACAUCUUUUGAGACCGCCAUCAUCAUCAUAACAUCAUCAUCACCAACAACACGAACAACAACAACAACUACUGUGAUUGCUAUUACGCUCUGAUGUGAAACCUGAAGUCCUCCCAUCCAAUUGUCAUGUCGCUUAAUACUUCUACUAUCUUCUUACUAUCGUCACUUCCUGAAAGAGAUAAACUGGCGGAGGGUGUUCUAGACACGUGCUUUGACAGUUGUGUUCCAUAUUGAGAAUCAAACCUUUAACUAGACCGUCUUCCCCGACAGCUUUUCCUAUCGCCAUCGCUCGAGCCGUCACUUCUUAUCUAUCCUUCACCCUCUCCCCAAAAGAAAGAUCAACCACUUUGCAGUAUAUAGUAUUCACGUUACCAACACAUACACACACCCUUCUAAAUGAUAAAAUAAUCCGUUUUCCGCCAUUUCGAUAUAGCUCGACCUUUUUGCUUCACACUUUUUUCUCGACUACGCAUUUCUUUCGUUCAAUCACAGACCUCGUGCGUUUGCGUCUAGUUUUUAAUCUCAAAAUGUGACGGGGUUCAAAGCUGUCCGAUCCUUCGGAUUCCGAGGUCUUUUAUCUUUUGUGGCUAGAUGUAAGGCCUCGAAGUAACCCAAGAAAUGAUGACUUCAAUUGCCAUUACGACAACGACAAUUCGAUUCAGGACAGUCCAAGACAUUUAUUUAAUCCAAGAAAUGACAAGAUCUUUUGCUUGUUCUGUUUCAAUACAAAUACUUUACGACCUAUCAAUACAUUUUGGAGAAUACAACAUGACAUAUCCAUAUUCCCUCAAUUUUUCAAUGUGAGAUUUCAUGGUUAUGUGGUUUGUUUUCGUUUGGGUUGGACUUGCUCUUGCCGUUUUCCAAUAAACAUAAACUCAUUGA